AUGCAUAUACUAACAGAGACCUGGUUCUGGGAAUCAAGACACAACCCAUCCGGUAUAUUUCUCGCCGCUACUGGACCAGUAGACCUAGUUAAAAAUGCACUCGCACGUGUAGCAGCUGCAAUCACGAAGCCCGAAAGCACAGUCCAAAAGCUUGUCGAGAUUGUUGUCGACUACACAGUUGGCAGCGAUGUAGCGCCUAUUCGUGCAAUUCCUGCGCUGGCUGUCCUAUAUGCAUUUUGGACUUUUGCCGGCAGCAGCUCUUUCUCCGUCGCCGGGCAAACCAUGUCCAGAUCACACGGUCUCGACAAUGAUCACCCUCGCAAGCAUCGUGGGAAUAUGGAGGGCUUGCCACUGCGGCUCAUGUCGGCCCAUCACUCGCUGGUCGAAAUUUCCCAUUAUUUGCAGCUGGAGCAUGUCUCACUCAAAUACUGGCCCCUGCUGACCAGCAAAUAUUGA